AAGCCUUAUGAGAAAAAUCAUAUUCGAACAUGAUCUGUUUUAAUACAUGAGGUGGUAGGCGAAGGCAUACUGAAUAGUCUAAAAGGGUGUACAGUGUGUAACCCGUAACAAGACGAAGUUCGCACGUCCUUUCGGAACGGAUCACCGUGCCACGGGAGCAUUUGAAGGCUGAUUAUGGAGAGCCAGAUUACCAAGUGUCCCGAUUUCCCGGCGGAUUUGGACUACCAGUCCGGCUUCGGCAACCACUUCUCGUCGGAGGCGAUCGCCGGAGCCCUACCUCAGAAUCAAAACAGCCCUCUCAUCUGUCCGUUCGGACUCUACGCCGAGCAGAUCUCCGGUACCUCUUUCACCGCUCCCCGUAAGCUCAACCAACGAAGUUGGCUAUAUCGAAUAAAACCAUCUGUUACGCAUGAACCAUUUAAACCUCGUCUACCCAGUCAUGUGAAGCUCGUGAGUGAAUUUAACCAGUCCAACAGUUCUGCAAACCCAACUCAACUACGGUGGAAGCCUGCUGAAAUUCCAGAUACACCAACUGAUUUUAUUGAUGGCUUAUACACAGUAUGUGGGGCUGGCAGUUCAUUUCUUCGGCAUGGUUAUGCCAUUCACAUGUACACUGCCAACAAAUCCAUGGAUGAUUGUGCUUUCUGCAAUGCUGAUGGCGAUUUUUUGAUAGUUCCCCAGAAAGGAAGGCUGUGGAUCACAACUGAAUGUGGAAGGUUGCAAGUUUCUCCUGGUGAAAUUGUCGUUUUACCUCAAGGUUUCCGUUUUGUUAUUAACUUGCCAGAUGGGCCAUCAAGUGGUUACGUUGCUGAGAUAUUUGGUACCCAUUUUCAACUUCCUGAUCUUGGGCCAAUAGGUGCUAAUGGUCUUGCUGCUUCGAGAGAUUUCCUUGUUCCCACGGCCUGGUUUGAGCAGAGCUCCCGACCAGGGUACACUAUUGUACAGAAGUUUGGAGGUGAACUUUUUACUGCAAGACAAGAUUUCUCUCCCUUCAAUGUAGUUGCUUGGCACGGUAAUUAUGUCCCGUAUAAGUAUGAUCUAAGUAAGUUCUGCCCUUAUAACACUGUAUUGAUUGAUCAUGGUGAUCCAUCAAUAAAUACAGUGCUGACAGCUCCAACUGAUAAACCUGGUGUGGCAUUGCUUGAUUUUGUCAUUUUUCCUCCCCGUUGGUUGGUUGCGGAGCAUACUUUCCGGCCUCCGUAUUACCAUCGCAACUGUAUGAGUGAAUUUAUGGGUCUAAUACACGGAGGAUAUGAGGCAAAAGCAGAUGGAUUUCUCCCAGGUGCUGCAAGCCUUCACAGCUGCAUGACUCCCCAUGGUCCUGAUGCUAAAACAUAUGAGGCUACCAUUGCACUUGGAAAUGAAGCAGGACCACAUAAAAUAGCUGAUACUAUGGCUUUCAUGUUCGAAUCAUGUUUAAUACCCCGUGUUUGCCCAUGGGCUCUUGAGUCUCCCUUAAUGGAUCAUGAUUAUUACCAGUGCUGGAUUGGACUGAGGUCCCAUUUCACACAUGAAGAGACAACCGGUCAAAGUAGAGAAUUACAGAAUGGGCACAACUAGGCUGGAGUUCAUUGCUAUUGUGGUUGAUCUGGGCAUGAUCUGUCCUCCAAUAAGAACUGUCCGGCAUCGGCAUGUACAUAUCAAAUAUAGCCGGUGGACAAAGUAUAAAAUAAGUUGGCUCGUAAUUCUCCAAGGUAGUUUGUACUAACUGUAUUUGGAGAAUUUGGUGGCAUAGAAACCAAGUGCUUCAUGAUGGAGUUGGUCAAAAUGCUAUCCGACAUGUUAAAAUGGCCGUGUUAAAAGCCAUGGAAGUGAUGAAGAACAUACAUGAUUAUGUGGAAGGGCGGGACUAGUUUGGAUGUUUGAUUGCACUUGUGGAAGUGCAGGGAUAUGUUGGGAAUGCCUUGUCUAUAUCAUUCGAGACUUAUAUAUUUUUGGUCAUUUGUGUGUUCCUCUAUACUGUUCCAUUUUGUUGUUUUCUUUUAGAUUUGGCUAUGAUUUGUAUUUUGUCUUCCUUGGUUGUGAAGUUGCAUAAAUUUUCUCUGUA